CUACAUGUGACGACACAUUCGGAAAUAUAGCUCGGCCCCAGAUUGAAAUGCCGGGGACAAGUGGACCUGGGGGACGGGCGGAUUCGUCGGGAUCCUGAAUACCUAUUCCCACUCGAGCCUACCGAACAAAGCACCCCCGCAUACCCCAGACCCAAGAGGCUCACGAGACUGGCCAAUUUGAACCGAGAAUGCUUGCAAGCAUCGACUAGUGAUCCCUUACAAUGCUUGUCCAACUUUUAUGUUGCUUUGUUUUUCACCACGAUGUUGUCAUUCGAGUCGCUGUGCCGCUCAAGCGACCCUAGCUAGGCCUAGGUCUGACUUAGGUGGGGUGGUUACAUGCUAUGUACCUACGCUGGCCUCGGCGGGAUGAUGGGACGAGCAAUAGUAGCUACAUACAGGUACAGUACCUGUGCGAUGUUUACACCAUGCGUGGCUUGCAACUUCUCACCAAUCAUAUAGUUUUGCGCCUUUAACGAUGCCCCGAGCAAAGGAGAGUUCCGGCGAAGUACGUGUGGAUAUAAAUCCCAUGCGCUCUCGUUCUCUUUCACGAUGGGGUUCUUUUCCUGGCGUUGCAAUACUGAGCGCAGUAGUGCUGUGCUGUCUUUCCGUUAUGUUGUGUCAUUCUCCUCACUUUCUUUUCACCCUUGCGGUUUGGCUUCUCGGCCUCAUACAGGGCGUUUUUUCUCAUGACUGCUGGAGAGAUACGAAUUGCACGGGCCCUCAGACCGCAGCCUUCCGUGGCGAGUGGGAGUCAAACAUAUUCUCACCGCCAACACGGACUGUCACCCCCAAAGCUGCCUAUGAUCUAGAUUCCGGAGACCACUAUGAUACAAACACUACCCCUUUGACCAAUGCUCGAUCAGGCAUCUAUUUUGACUUCGGGCUGGAGGUUGGAGGUGUUGUUACCAUCCAAUUUUCUGUGCCUCAUACCAAGGGUGAUGCUGCCAUUGGGAUAGCUUUUACGGAAGCUAAGGAUUGGAUUGGUCGUAUUUCGGACUCCAGCAGUGGUAUAUACGAAAGAGAUGAUGGCGCACUCUACGCUAAUUUCUCCUCGAAGGGGGAUCAUACCUAUGUUAUGCCUGUCGAGAAUCUCCGUGGGGGAUUCCGGUAUAUGACUUUGUUCCUCGUCGGAAGCAAGUCUUCUGUCUUUAUCGGCGAUAUCAGCGUGGAAAUUUCUUUUCAACCAACUUGGUCAAAUCUUCAAGCCUACCAAGGAUACUUCCAUAGUGACGAUGAUUUACUCAACAAGAUAUGGUACAGUGGCGCUUAUACUAUCCAGACCAACGCGCUCCAUCCCUCAACGGGACGAGCCUGGCCUGCCCCUGAGACUCAGUGGACUAAUGACGGCGACAUCGGGGUAGGCGAUACUAUAAUCACAGAUGGCGCAAAACGUGAUAGAACCGUUUGGCCUGGUGACAUGGGUGUUGCGAUUCCCUCUGCAUUUUACAGCAUUGGUGACAUCGAAAGCGUAAAAAACGCUCUAGCAACGUUGUUCAACAUUCAAGGGGACGAUGGAUUGUUGCCAUUUUCCGGGCCACCACUUCUUGCCACGGAUGGUGAUACGUAUCACAUGUGGACUAUGAUUGGAAUGUACAACUAUGUUCUCUAUUCCGGCGAUGUGGAUUUUAUCCGACAAUAUUGGCCUAAGUAUCUUGCAGCGAUGAAUUUUAUCGAAGGCCAACUUGAUCCCUCAUUAGGCCUCCUUAAUAUUUCGGGCUACACAAACGACUGGGGCCGUUUCUACGUGGACAAUACCUUAACAUCAGCUCAAGUUCUCUAUUAUCGAACAUUAAUAACAGGCUCCGCGUUGGCUACCUGGAUCGGUGAUACCACUGGGAUUAACUCGACAUGGGCGAAGGCCGCUGCGAAACUGCAAGAAAUCAUAAAUGAACUCCUUUGGGAUGAUGAUUUUGGCGCAUUCGACAAUAGCAUAGAGUCGCGUGAUAACGAGACUGGUUUGUAUCCGCAAGACGCCAAUGCCCUGGCCUUACUCUUCGGAGUGGUCAAUGCUACGUCAGAUGAAGGACAAAAGAUCUCACUUGCUCUCACGAAGAACUGGACCCCGAUCGGAGCUGAAACUCCGGAACUACCUGGCGAAGUCUCCCCGUUUAUCUCUUCAUUCGAGAUCCAAGCGCAUUUGUUAGCGGGACAGACGCAACGUGCUUUGGAUUUAAUCCGUACCAGUUGGGGUUGGUAUCUAAAUAACGAAAAUGGCACGCAGUCCACUAUGGUCGAAGGUUAUUUGACGGAUGGCACCUUUGGAUAUCGUCAUGAUGCUGGAUACCAAGAGGUUUACUCUUAUACGUCUCAUUCCCAUGGGUGGUCUACUGGCCCAGUAACCGCGCUAAGCGAAUAUAUUGUCGGCAUUGGUAUAACUGGCCUCGCUGGAUCGACUUGGCGAAUUGCGCCGCAGUUCGGGGAUCUUCCCCAUGCUGAAGGCGGCUUCACAACUAGCCUAGGUAAAUUCUCCGCCAAGUGGGUGGUAGGCAGUGACGGUAGCUAUGUAUUGAAUUAUAAUACUCCAAAAGGGACGUCGGGGGUACUGGACCUUCCAGCCCCUAACAAGAACGGGAAAUAUAAUGUGAAAGUGGAUGGACAAGCGGUAGCGACGAAUAUUAGGAGGUCGACUGAGACAGCGGGGAAUAGGUACCUGUACAUCAUUGAAGGAUCAGGCGGAGAGCACCAAAUCGAGGUCAGCUAGGGGAGAUUUGGAGGCCUGAAAAAAAGGGCAGAUUAUAACUGUAGGCAGACACGUCCGCCUAUGCGACCGUUCUGUAGCAUAACCGACAUACCAACAUACUUGAUGCGCAGGUAAUUGUAAAUUUGACUCAUUUGAUCGAAGAUUAAGGAUGCAUCGUAAUAUGGUAUUUUCGUGCUAUGACUCACCA